GCUGAAUUGUGCAAAUAACUCAGUAGAAGCCACAUUACCCGAUCCUUAAUAUUGUUUCCUUUGAAUCUUCGGCCUUUUCAGAAGGAAAUUUUGCAACAACAAUAAUGAAUCCUGAAGGUGCACAAGCUAAUGCAAACAACCAAAACGAAGUGAUCCUUCAUCUAUCUCUUGAUCUUGAAUCAUUGAGUCUCCUUCCUUUAUUUCCCGUAGCUGAAAGUGUGCAAAGGUUCAAUGAAGGGCUUCUUCCUCAGCCACAAAUGAAUCUACACAAUGGUCCCAAAACUGUUGUUCCUCUUCAUGAGUUCUCUAAUGUAGCAUUGAGAUCCAACAUUUCUCCUUCAAGUUCCCUUGCUAAAACUCCUCAAAAGCCUUCCACCAAUCUUGAUUUGUCACUAGCCUCAGGCUUAGGUAUGAAUCCUAAUAACAAUCUUGCACAAGGACAUGCAGUGCAAGAGCAAGGCAUGCGUAGAGGCACUUUAACAAACAUUGUGCACCUACGAACCAAGAGACGCUUCAGUGACUGUGUUUUUCAAGAAUUUCAAGUGGGUGAAAGUUCAAAGAUGGGUGAACAAGCUGCACUGGCUAAACGGCGUGCUACCCGAUUCUAAUGUCAGUUCUCCUUUGGGAGUACCUCAUAUAUUUAGGCCUCUAUCUUAUUAUGUAAUGUAUUUUUAUUAUCAUUCCAUCACACAUUUUGUUAUUUGAAUUUGUGCUCAACUAUUUCCGGU